AGGCGCAGUGCGGGCAGCGCGGGGUCCUCGGCGCCGUGAGGGAGCGGGGCCGCCAUGUUGGUCCCGGGGGCGGCGGGACGGGUGCUGAGCCGGGCCCUGAGCCUGAGCCAUGGCUCGGGCUCGGUGGUGGUGGAGCGCGUGUGGCCGGUGCCGCUGGGCCGGGCGGGGGCGGCGCCCCGGCUGCACCCGCGGCGGCACCGCGUGUACCGGCUGCUGCGGGACGGGAAGCACCUGCCCCGGGGAGACAUGGAGCUGCUGCUGAGCCGCGCCGUGCAGGACCUGGGCAGCCGUGGGGACGUGGUGAGCGUGAGGAAGAGCCUGGGCAGGAACAAACUCCUUCCCCAGGGCCUGGCCGUGUACCCAUCCCCGGAGAACCUGCGCCUCUUCCAGCAGGAGAAGGAGCUGGCUCAGCAGGGGAAGCUGGAGGAGCCCCAAACCCAGAGCGGGCAGAAGACCCUGGAGUUCCUGAGGCGCUGCCGGCUCCAGGUGGGGAUGAAGAACAACGUGAGCUGGGAGCUCACCCCUGACAUCGUGGCCCGUCACUUCCUCAAGAACCUCGGGGUGUUCGUGCCCCCCCACGCCCUGCGGCUGCCACCAGAGCCCAUCACACGCUGGGGACACUUCUGGUGUGACGUCACGGUGAACGGUUUGGACACGGUGCGGGUGCCCAUGGACGUGGUGCAGUUCCUGCACCCCAAAACCAAACGCUUCCGGCACUGGCAGCAGCAGCAGCAGCAGCAGCUGGAGAGCAGCAGGGAGCGGCUCCUCUGACCCCCCCACCAGGGACUUGGGGCCCCCCCCAGGGAAUUUGGGGUCCCCUGGAAGGAUUUGGGGUCCCCUGGAAGGAUUUGGGGCCGUUCCCCCCCUCUUUGGGAUCCCCUCACCUCUGUGGAACUCCCGGACAUUGCCCAAUUCCCAGAGCAGCAGCUCAGGAAUUUUGGCUUGUCCUGAGCCCCCCCAAAUCCCCCUGAACCCCACUCUGGUCCAGGGGGGUGUCCCUGGGGUGGAUUUGGGGUCCCCAGGGUUGACUUGGGGUCCCUGGGGUUGACUUGGGGUCCCUGGGGUGGAUUUGGGGCCAUUCCCCCCUUUGGGACCCUGUGGAAAAAGAGGUUCAGUGGAAUUUUUGGGGGGAAUCUCAGAGUUUUUGGGGGGCUGUGGAAUUCCUGUGAGAUCCCCGGGACCCCCCACACCUUGAACCCCAAAAUCCUGGGGGGUGGUCCCUGGGAUGGAUUUGGGGUCCCCAGGAUGGAUUUGGGGGAUUCCCCCCUUUGGGAACCUGUCUGGAGCAGGAAUCCCCCCCAAUCCCCCCAGAAAAGGGGGAUCAGGAUUUUUUGGGGGAUCCUAGGAUUUUUUUUGGGGGGGGGGUCCCAAAGUUUUGUGGGGUCUCAGAGAUUUUGGGGGGAUCUCGGGGUUUUGGGAGCUGUAGGAUUUGGGGAAGAAAAGGCCAAAAGUUCCUGGGAGUUUUCCCAAAAAAAAAGGGAAUUUUGGGAUCCGGA